AUGAGAUCUGUUUGUCUAAGGUAAAUUAAAAAAUGAUGGCAACUGAACGAACGUGAAUGUAGUAGAAAAGAAAUCAAACUGGAACAUGAAAGUAAUUUUAAUAUUAACUUAAGAUGUCAAAAUUUCAUGCUGAUACUAUUCUCUUAUGUCAGUAUGAUACAGAUUAAAUAAAUGAUAAACUCAGAUUAAUCACUUCACUCAAGGAGAAUUUUAUUAGGAAGAAUUUUUUUGUUCUUUCUUAAGUCGGUUAAUUUACUUGUUAAUUGUGUUUUGUAUACUCGAUCCAACUAAUAAAUUCACGAUCACAGAAACAGCAAAUGAAGAAAGUCUUUCCUCAUAAGGUUCCCUUGAAGUGGUACAAUUUUAAUGAGCCAAGUGAACAAGAAAUCUUUUAUGGAUAUUCAUAAUAUUAAUAGAACAAGAAAUUUGAUACAAGUUGGCUGUUUAUAGAAAUCGUAAUGUAACGUUAAUGAGAUAUUGAAUCUGUUAUAGACAUAUGUUAUAAUGGUUCAUUACAGUGAUUAGGCUAAUUUAAACUGAUGUAUUUAUUCAGUAAGUGUUACUGAAAACAAAACAUUUUUAAUUUUGAAUCUCUUUUUAUAAGUGUAAAAUUUAUUCUAAUAAUUAUUAAAAAAUUUUAAUGUUACCAAGCUAGUAAAACUUAUCUACUAUUUAAAAUCUAGAUUUAUUCGUUAUUUAGAAUGUAGAACAGAGAAAUAUUUACUCCAAGAUAAAAUAUCUAAACAUUAUGUGUAACUUGUAUUAAAAUAUCUUUAUUGUAUUAAUUAAUACAUUUUUGCUAUUGUUUAUUUCGCUAUAACUAAAUAUAGUUAAAAAGUAGUAAUUCAUUCUAUCUGAAUUUUUAACAGCAAAUAAUUGUUAUUUCUAUAAAUGUCUUUUAUCGAUGUUCAUUUGUAUAUUAUUAAUUUAAAAAAAAAGUUUCUUCAAGUAUAAAUUUACAAAAUUUGAAAAAUGUAAUAUAUAGUCUUGACAAAUUAUGUAAUGUUUUUAUGUAAUAUACAUUUAAAAACGAACGAUUGAUUUUUUUGUAAAAUAUAUUUUCUUCCAAGUUAGUAUCUUAGCAAAUAAAAAAAACAAUAUUAAUAAUUAAUGAUAUAUUAUGAUGAAUAUUUAAAAAGUAGAAUUUUAAAUGCUCGUGUAUAUGUUUAACAAAAUAAUAUUUACAUAAUAUUAAUUGCAUUUGUUGCAAAAAGUAUAAUUGAAUGCUUUUGAAUUUGUGUAUGUUGUAAUUACUUUAAUAUUAAAACAAAUAAUAAAACAUUAAUUCAUCAUUAUAAAAUUAAGCAUAAAAACUGUAUAGACUCUUGUUGUAUUGUAAAUUGCUUAUUAAAUACAAUAUAAAAUAUUCUAUUAAAACUAUUAUAUAAUAUUUUUAAUAGGAAUAAAAUUAUAAAUAAAUUAAACGAGUGUAUAGAACUGAUACGAAUCAGUUCAAUGUUUAAAUUUUCCAAUAGUUUAAUUAAAAAUUAAACGAGACUUUCCAAAGUAAGUAGAUUUUUCGAAUGAUUACUUAUUAUUAUUUUGGAAAAUUUUAACAUUAGAAUCAAAUGUUUUAAUAAUGUAAAAUACAAUAAAGAAAUUCCUCUAUUAAAUUAUAUAAAUUAUUUCUUUGUAUAUACAUGUUACUAUUUAGUUUAAAUUCUUAAUACUCGCGAAAAUUAACAAGAAUUUAACAAUUAAUUGGAAAUAAGUACAAUAUAACAAAAUUGAAUUAAUAAAAUUUGGUGUUACGUAGUUGGUCAUUGAUUUUAUCAAGUACUAUGGAUAAUUUUUCUUUUUCUUUUUAAAUAAUGUUUUUUUUAGAUCUAGUUAAGCGUUUAGGCUUUGUAACUGCUCGAUUUCUUUGAUUGAGAGUUACACUUCUUAAUUUUCUGUGUAUAUCAUGUGUAGUUUGCUAAAAUAUGUAAUUGAAUUUUUUUUGGUAUAUUACUAUAAUAGUAGUAAGAUAUAAUAUAGGUAAAAUAUAUUACCAUAGUAUUAGAACAAUAUUGACAAAGGCAAAUUGUAUCACUUGAUGUAGAUAUAGCUUUAUGUAAUAUAGCUUCAAAUCCUAAAAAUUUUGUGUCAAAGUUAAUUUUAGCUUUUAUUACAUCAGUAAAUGAAUUUUUAACUGUUAAUAUAUUAUCAAUAUAAUCUUGAAUUUUUCCUUCCCCAUUUAAAUAUUGAUUGUUUUGUGAAGAAAGAUGUGUUGGUUCUGUAUUAAUAAUAUCUAGUAUUUUACAAUCUUUUUUUGUAUUACAAGAUUGAUUUUGCACAUCACAUGUUUUUUUAAUAUUUGAAACGGAUGAUUUGUCUUGUAAAAGAUCUAAUAAUAACAAUAAUAAAUUAAUAUAAUAGCUUAAAUUGUAAUAUAUUGUUUUUAUUAUUAACAUUUAUUAUUAAAAAUAUAUUUAAUUUACUUGCCAAUGAAAUUUUUUAAAUAUUCUGCAAAAAUUUUAUUACAAGAAAGUAAAUGUUGAAAUGCUUCAUCAAGAUUUUUCUCUGUAAAAUAUGUUCUUGCUAACAAAGAUCGUUCAGGUAAAGUAAUUCCAUUAACAUUAGAUCUAAAUAUUUUCCAUUGUUUGCGAGAAAUCUCUGCUUGCCAUUCUAAUGCACAAUCUUCCAGUCUUCUGUCGAUUGAUUUUAAUAAUUCUUUUACUUCCAAUAAUUGUUGAGGAACACAAAAAUUCCUUUCAUUAGGAAGGCAAGCAUUGUCUCCGAUCAUAGAUAUAUCAACUGUUGUCAUUUCUAAUUUUCUUUUCAAUUGUAUAAAGAUAUUUCUUGAAUAAACAUCGAUUAAAUCUUAAAGCAAAGUUUAUAUAAUAAAAACUGGAAAAUAUAAAGAUAGAUGCUUAAAAUUUAGAUUGCAUUAGUCUUUUAUCAAACAAUUGAACAGUUUUUAAUAAUAUACUCUGUGUAAUAGUUAAAUACAUCAUAACAAUAAUUUUAUUUCAAUUUUAAAAUUUUACUACAUUAAACCAUUAUAUGGAUAAUAAACUAGUUGGUAAAAGAAAUUGACAUUGAUGAUAAUUUAAAAUUUUAUUGUAUGAUACAUAUCUAUAAAGGAAAUAUCUAUAUGUAAUAUAUAUUACAUAUACUACAAGUUUUAAUUUAUUUAUCAAUAGAAAACAACUUUUUUCAUUCAAAAAUAUCAUUUUCAUUAUACAAAUAUAAUGUAUUGAUUAAAAUUGAAAUUCUUAAUUAAAUGUAAAAUAAAAAUAUAAAACAAUUACUAUAAUACAAAAAUUUUUAUUAUUAAAGACAAAAUAUACAUUACAUCAAUUUUAUGCAAUUUUAAAAUAUUUAUAUAUAAUAUAGUUAUAUAAAUAUUAAAUCAUAUUAUAUUUUAUAACCAUAAGGACAUUAAUAUUUUUAAGAAGUAAUCAUUACUGCUGUUGUUAAUAGAUUGAGAGAAAUUUAUUAUUUGCAUAUUUAUAACAUUUUAUAUUAUAAAAACAAUAUUAAAGUGGAACAAUUCGUCAAUGUGUGAUUGUAAAUUAUAUGAGUUACUUCAUGCAUAUAUUUUUAUAUAAACAAUUAUCUUAUUUAUAUCAUUGUCUUUUAUAAUAAAAUUAUGUAUUUAAUAUAAACAUAAACAAGUUUUCUAGUUAAUGAAUAAAAAAGUAAUUUUUUUGCUUGAUUAUAAUUAUUUGGAUGGCCCCUUUCUUUCUGUAAGACAAGAUAUCAAUAUUUAUGAAAACUUUAUUAUCUUACAAUGAUAUAUAUACAGUAAUGAUGAAAUUAAUGAUUUUUUUUUGCAUUGUAUAUGUUUUUUUUUAUCAAAAUACACUUAUUAACAACUAAAAAUAGCAAGAAAAAGAUAAGUUAGUAAAAUACUAUCAACACAAUUAACAAUUAAUGUCGUAUUUCAUUCUAAAAUGAAACUAAAAUUAUUUUGUAAAUAUCAAUAUAACGUAUGUUAACAUAUUAUUCUGAAUAAACAAGACUUCAUUUAUAUAUCAUAUUAUAUAUAACAUUAAUAAUCAUAGCUAUUUUUAUAUACACAUAAUUUAAUUUGAAUUUUACACCAUAUAAAUACAUUUUGUGUUUUCUUAAUAUUGUUUAAUCUUUAAAAAACUAUCGUAUAAAUUGUUAUCACAGUUUGAUAAAUUUCAUACAGUAAAUAUCUAUGGUUUAAUAAUAACAAUUAUUAUUUUCCAUAAAAUUUUAAAGCAAAAUUAAAAAAAAAUAAAAAAUUGAAAAUGAAUUUGCUAAAUUAGCGUAUUAUUGAUAUUAAGAGAUCAUAGUAAUUUGCUGUAGUGAAAUUUAUCAAAAUAUGAGUAUAGUAUGAAUGAAUUCUUUCAUAUUUACAAUACAUAACAUAAUUUUUAUAAAAUUAUACUGUACAAAUAAAAUAAUAUAUAAUUAUAUUAAGUUAUUUAAAUAACAUGUAAUUAUAUUAUCACGAAAAACAAUUCAAUUUUGCAUAAUAAAUAAAUCUUUAGAAAAGAAUAAUAGAAAAGAAAUUAAAGGUUCAAUAUAAAUUUUGAACGGUUUUUAUAUAAUAAAUACAUAAUGAAAUACAAUUUCAAAAAUAAUAUAGUAAAACAAUUUUUUUCCUAUUACUAAAUAAGAAUGUAAAAAUUAAUAAAAUUUUCAAAAACUUUGAAAAUUAUAUAUUUUUGGAUUUGUUCUUACAUAUCACUAUCCAAUUAGCUGCUCUAAACUAAUCAACUUACAUUAUUUCUAGUCUACCACAACCUUUGUAGACUUAAUAAACUUGUACUUUUCACUUCAUUUUUUCCUGUUUUAAUAUAGAUUUGUUUUAAAAAACAUUGUCCAUCAAAAUUUAAGAAAAAUAAAAAUUUGAUCAAUAAUAAUUUUUGAUUAAUGUGCUUCAAUUAUUAAUUUAUACUAUUCAUUAAUUCUUGUAUCGUUGAUAACAUUUUAAGUAAUUUUUUUAACGAUACUGGAAUUUUUGUUAAUCAAAAUCGCGCAACUAUUAUUUCAAAUAUAAAACAAUUAAAGAAACGACAUAAUAAGAUUGUAUUAAAUAACUAUGAAAUUAAAUAUAGAAUUUAUUUUAUAAUUACAAGUAAAUCAUUUUUUCCUUUUUUCUAAUUUUAUUGCUAAUAUUUUAUACCGUAGCCACUAUUAAAAAAUAAAAAUUUUUAAUAUUUUACCAUUUUUUAUGGGAUGUUAACAAAACACUUCACAUCAAAACAGGAAGAAAGAAUUAGCAUCAUAUAUUUACAGUUGGAAUCAUAAAAUUACUCUCAAGAUAUUGUGCAAGAAUUACGACCAACACAACUGGUACGAGAAUCUGUUAUACUGCCAGGUGAGCUACCUGGAGUUGACAAUCCAUUAUGUCCUACACCAACAAAACGCAAUUUUCGAUGA